AUGUACACCGCCCCGAGAUUCCCGCCCAGAAAAUUCUAUGUCUGGUUUCCUCUUCUCUUCCUCAGCUUUCCUUUCACCCUCUGGUAUUAUCAGACUCUAAAUGCUAUCCCCAUACUGUACCAAAAGACACAUGCGCAUCCGCCCGCGCAAUUCACCACCUAUGGCCACUCGGACUGUCCGCUUGAGGUGUCCCCCCAGCUCAUCGAAGAAUCUACGAUAAAGCGCUCUAUAUGCCGGAAAUACUCACCAUUCGAGAUCAGACGCUGGCGCAUCGCAACCGUCACUGCGCAAUUCGGUCAACCCAAGGAGCACUACCAAAAAGCAUUUCGCACCCACCUUCUCCACGCCUUGAUUCAUAGUACGGAUGUCAAAGUUGUGUGCGAUCCGAUAGUCGAUGACCUAUGGAACAAACCCGCCUUCAUCCUGCAAAUCCUUAUGCAGGAGAUGCUCAAGCCAGAACACGAGCGUCUAGAGUGGAUAGAAUGGUUAGAUCGAGACACGCUUAUCCUCGACCAGUGCCGGCCGAUCACGAGCUUCCUGCCGCCCCCAGCACCGCGGCGCAAGCACCGCGAAAAUAACCAACAGCGGCCUCUGAAGCCGGAAACGCAUCUGCUCGUUACUAGAGACUGGAAUGGACUGAACAACGGCAUUUUCCUGGUCCGCGUGAAUGAAUGGGCGGUCAACCUAUUCGCUGCCAUACUAGCUUUCAGACACUACAAGCCUGACGUCGAUUUGCGUUUUGGCGAACAGUCUGCCAUGGACCAUGUUCUUGGGACUGAAGAGUUCAAAAAUAACACGCAGUAUGUACCGCAGCACUGGUUCAAUGGCUACGAGAGGGAAAGAGCGGACGUGUUUGAGGUACGAGAGAGUGUAGUCGGUAUGAAGGAGCAUGAGGUUAGGAGGGGAGAUUAUCUUGUACAUUUUGCGGGACGGCGGUAUAGAGAUAUGGUGAUGAACGAGUGGGCGGAUAUGGUGGGCAGAAUGGGCGAUAUUUGGAUGGAGAAGAGGGUGUUGAGAAAUGUUGAUGCGGAGAUUGAGAAGUUUUGGGCAGAAGUGCAAUGA